CACGCCUAUCAAACUAUUGAAAUUAUGAGCGAACGUGCCCAACCGUCUAAAAGACGGUGCGUUAGCACUGCUUGUGUUGCUUGUCGCAGGAGAAAAUCCAAGUGUGAUGGGAACUUGCCCAGUUGUGCAGCUUGCUCGUCGGUCUAUCAUACGCCAUGUGUCUAUGAUCCCAACUCGGAUCAUCGUCGUAAGGGUGUAUACAAGAAAGAUACCGACACCCUGAGAACUAAAAACACUACCCUCCACACGUUGAUCCAGGCAAUCUUAAACUAUGACGAAGCAGAUGCCUUCGACCUAGUCCGCCAGAUCCGAUCUUGUGAUGACCUGGAAGAGGUAGCAAACUCAGUGGUUGCCCAAGAAAAGGGGCUUUUGUCUGCGUCUCAAGCAACAAGAGAGUCAGUGAGCGAUGAGACUGAGAAUAGUGUUGAGAUCGACCAGUUCGAGUCAGAGCUCGCAGGUAAAAUGAGCGAACUAAUGCUCGAUGGUUCUCGCAAAUUUAUUGGUGGAACCUCAAACCUCAUAUUUCUGCCCUCGGAGCUGCAUGAAUCAAUAUCAACCCCUCUCGAUGUGGAUCAGGUACACACCGUGAGCCGAUGGACCGAAGUUACGAAUGAUGACUCGUUGAUCAGUCAUUUGAUGACUAUGUACUUCACAUGGCAUUAUCCUUUCUUCACGAUCCUUUCCAAGGAUCUAUUCUACCGAGAUUAUAUCCGCGGAAUUUCCAGCUCAUACUGUUCUGCACUGCUAGUCAAUGCCAUGCUGGCCCUUGGUUGUCAUUUUAGCUCAUGGCAAGGUGCAUUUGAUGAUACCCAGAAUCUGGCAACCGCAGGAAACAAUUUCUUCAAAGAAGCCAAGCGGCUAGUCUUGGAGAACGACGAGCAUGAGAACGCAAAGCUUUGCACCGUCCAGGCCUUUGCUCUCAUGUCUGUCCGAGAAGCAGGAUGUGGCCGCGAAGGAAAGGGCUGGGUCUAUAGUGGCCUUAGUUUUCGCAUGGCAUUUGAUCUUGGACUGAAUCUCGACUCAAAGAACCUCGGAUCACACAACCUGAGCGACGAAGAAAUUGAUGCUCGACGUAUCACUUUUUGGGGAUGCUAUCUAAUCGACAAAUGCUGGUCAAAUUACCUUGGUCGUCAGCCACAAUUAACCUCUGCCACCACUAAUGUGCCCAAAUUCGAUGUCUUCCCGCUAGAGGAAACAGAGCUUUGGUCGCCGUAUACUGAUUCUGGCGUGAGCCCCCAGCAUACGCAGGCAUCUAGAACUAGGGCUGUGGCGUUGCAGAUUUCCAAGCUGUGUGAGAUCAGUGGUGAUCUAUUGGUAUUAUUCUACCACCCAGCUGAACUGGAGAAGUUCCAGCCCAAGCAGUCGGAAUUAAAGAAAUUGAGCGACGUCCACACUCGACUUGAGGCAUGGAAGAAGGAAUUGCCCAAAGAACUGGAAGCGAGAGACGGACAACUACCUCAAGUGCUUGUCAUGCACAUGUUCUACCAACUCCUGAUCAUUCAUCUAUACCGUCCCUUCUUGAAGUAUACCAAGGCCAACACACCCCUCCCAUCUCACGUCUCCCCUCGCAAAAUAUGCACACAGGCCGCUGCAGCUGUAUCCAAGCUCAUGCGCGUCUACAAACGCAGCUACGGCCUCAAGCAAAUCUGUAACAUCGCAGUCUACAUCGCACACACAGCAUGCACAAUCCACCUUCUCAACCUCCCCGACAAAAACGCUCAAAGAGACGUAAUCCAUGGCCUCAAGAACCUUGAAGAGAUGGCCGAAGGCUGGCUCUGCGCCAGACGCACACUCCGCAUCCUCGACAUAUCAGCCAACAAAUGGCAAGUAACUCUCCCACCGGAAGCAACAUCGAUCUUCGAACGAACUCACACAAAAUGGGGCUCAUGGGGCUCUUGGGACCAAGCAAACUCACCAUCCGCAUCAGACGAUUCCUCCCCAAUGGCUACAUCAGCAACCUUCCAACCAGCCACAAGCCCAAGCAGAUUCACAGCUGGGCCACCCCAAUAUCAAUCCCGACGCAAGGCUGAUCCAUCAUCUCUUCCCGCAAACAUCAACACAAACACAAACACAAAUCCUGUCAGCAUGGUCGGUCCGACAUCACUCAGCUCGCAAUACGCAUCUACAUCUUCAGUCCCACUAUCUUUCCCAUCAAUGGCAGCACACCCCUCUCUAGCACCACAACCCCAAAGACCAGAGUUCGCCCCUCCAGAACCGACAUAUCUGUGUCCAUCAGUCACAUACCAAUUCCCUGCUAUGACAGCUAAUGCGCCCUCCCCAUCAUCCCCUCAUCAAACAUGGUAUGAUGGCGUCGGUACUCAAAUACAAGGGCAGAAUACAACGCCUGCCUCUACUGCAUCACCCGUUUCUGGAUAUGAUGGUACGGAAAAUCUAGUUGAGGAAAGUCAUGAUUGGUGGUCUAGGAAUGCGGCUAUUUAUAAUAAUAUGGGGGUGGAUGGGUGGGGUGGGGCUUGGAGUUCUCCUGGUCAGGUUCAGGGUCAAAGCCAAGGUCAAGGUCAGCCUUCUGGUCCUGGUCUUCAUCCUGACCAGCAGCCGAGGGUCUCCAUUAGUAUGUCUGCCGUUGGAUCUCCCGUUGAGUCUGGGACUCCUUGUUAUGAGGAUCGGUGGCCGUGA